CGAAAAUGAGAUGAGUUUCCCUCUGGUGGCGGUUCACAGAAGCUUAGCAGACCUUCAUGUUAUUGUAGCGCACCAUGAAACUUCAGCUUUGCAGUUUCAGCGGAUAUAAAAUCCAGCCCGGCCAUGGCAAAACCAUGGUCCGGACGGAUGGCAAGGUGUAUGUGUUCCUAAGUGCUAAGUGUGAACGUGCGCAUAUGCUAAGGCGAAACCCCCGUGAGGUUCGAUGGACUAUUUUAUACAGGCGAAAGCACAAGAAAGGAAUGGAGGAAGAGACAACAAAGAAACGUACACGUCGUACCCAGAAGUACCAUCGUGCUAUUGUAGGAGCUUCCCUUACAGAUAUCAUGGCUAAAAGGAACAUGAAACCUGAGGUUCGCAAGGCCCAACGAGAACAAGCUAUUAGGGCAGCAAAAGAAAAGACCAAAGCAGCAAAAGCCAACAAGAAAGCUAAUGCCCCUGCUCCAGGAAAGACAAAGAAAGCAACCCAAAAGGCCCCAAAGAUGCCCAGGGCAGGUCGACCAGGUCACGGAGGACAUGGUGGUCGUCGUUAAUAAACAGAACUGCUUG